UGUGUGUGUGUGUGUGUGUGUGUGUGUGUCAUCGAAGGUCGUGUGUUGAAGCGAAGCUCCGAUCAGCCAUGGAAGCGGAGGGGAGCAGCUCUUCCGUGAACGCGAUGAUAAUAGAGCCAGCCAGCUGGAAGCGAGCGUGCAGGGAUCGCAUCUCUUCCCUUCCCGAUUCGCUUCUCCUCAUCAUCCUCUCCUUGCUGCCGACCAUCGAUGCAGUCAAGACCAGCACCCUGUCCAAGCGAUGGCGCAACCUCUGGACUCAACUUCGCCACCUGGACCUCCAAUUUUCCCCGGAGAGCUUCAGCCAGAACCCUCAUUACCUUCAAAAGGCCCGGCAGAAGUUCCUCGAGUUCGUCAGCGUCUGCUUGAUUCUCCGCAAGCCCGACCCUCUCCAGCGCUUCCACCUCUCCUUCAACUUCUACGAUCGUGCCAGGCACUCGGCCAUGGUCGACGUCUGGGUCCGCUCCGCUCUCGAGCGGCACGUCGAGGAGCUCAUCCUGGACGUGGCACAUCGCCGAGUAGGCGGCAUCAAUCGGCGUAAGGACAUGUAUUCCUUGCCGAACUCUCUUUAUAGCUAUGGGUUUCUGACGAGCCUGUCCUUGACUUACUGCGAGAUUAAGCUGCCAACAAAUCCUUUGUGCUGGAGAUUGUUAAGGAGCUUAGCUCUCAUGAGACUGACUACUCUGAGUGACGACCUGCUUGAAAGAAUUUUCCUGGAAUGCUCCUCGCUCGAGACUCUGAUUCUAAAGGACUGUGAUGGCAAAAGCGCAAGGACUGUAGCUGCUCGGAAUCUUAAGCACCUGACGCUGGAGGAGUUGAGGUAUUCGCUGAAGCUUUCUGCUCCAAAUCUUGUUACAGUGGCUAUUUAUGGGUCGGUCAUGCGUGCGACCCAUUCUUUGAAGGACCUGGUGUCUCUAGUGCGUGCAACCAUUAUCCUUCGAGAUGCACGAAUGGGGUAUUACAAUAGUGUGGACCGGGUGGCCAACCAUCCGUUAAAUAGUCUGCUUAUGGAUGUUCAUCAUGCACAAGUUCUGACAUGGUGCAAUUGCUGCACUGUGUUGUUGGCUCUGCAGGAAAUAAGAAAUCUCCAGUCACCCUUUAUGAGGCCGAGGAAGUUGGUUUUGAAGGUUACUUUACGUAGGUGGGAGACCCCUGGGAUAUACAACUUGCUAAGACGGUCACCAGAGCUUGAGACGCUUGUUCUACAGAUAAAUGCCCCAGAUGCAUGUCGUGGACCCAAGUUUAUUGGAGAAUUCAAGAGGGUCAGCAAAUUUUUCUUAAGUAUUUAUUCAGAGCCAAAGAGCACCGAACUCUCUUGUUUGAAGCAUCAUCUGAAGAAUUUUGAGGUAGAAGACUUCACGGGACUGCUCUCUAAUGAUAGCUUGUCAAGGGCGGGCUACCUCAAGUACCAAGAGAGGGUCCUGGGGCUUGUAAGGUUUAUCCUGAGGAAAGCUCUUGUUUUGGAGAAAUUGACCAUGAACAUGGCUCAGAUGCCCAACUUCGAAGAAAUCUCGGUGGGUAACCAGAGGCAGUUAGAUACUACUCGGAAGAUUCUGUCUUUCCCGAAAGCCUCCCAUGCUCGGAUAGUGUUUCUUACAAAUGGAAUGUAGACUUAAUUUUUAGUAUGAUUGGUCAUUGAUUGGUGGACGCUGCAUUUUAGAAUUUGAAAGCUGGAUGUAGUCUUAAUCUGCAGUAUUGGUUAUUAAUGGCGGGCUAUGUAAUCUAAAAUUUGUAAGCUGGUAUAUUUGAGUUAUGCAGGAAAUUAUUCCCCUGAAUUCUCAUUCAACAACUCGCUCUUAUGUGGAAACUCAUCAUCUUGUUAUGUCUGAUGAAAGAGAUCAGGAUUUUUUUUUUUUUUGAGCAAUACAGAGCUAAGAAUUAUUGGCAGUAGAUUAGGAUAUUAUUUUCAGUACAUGAUGCUUUCAUUCGGAGGGUAAAAAAUAUGUACAUGAAUUCUUUGAACCUGCAGCUUUGCAUAAAAAAAAUUAAUUCUUGCCCUUGAAAAAAAGGGAGGUGGUGGGAAACCUGAAAGAACGCAUCACCUUUUCUCUGAUGUUAAGGGAGGCAAAACUGCCACCCGGUCUCUAUUAAAAAUCACAUAGCAUGCACAACAGAGGUAAAGAUACAGAGAAGAGUGAGUUUUUUGACAGCUCUACAUGAGGGCUGUUGCAGUGACGUGAAAGUAGAUAGGAGCAGGGCGGAGAGUUUCAGUCAAAGAAAAGGAUAACACACGAACAGAGGCUAAAAAACACAGCAGAAGAAACAGAUCAGCUUCGCUGCAGGAUUUUUGGCAGAGCUGGUUUCAGAAUGAGGAAGAAAAAAGUGAGUCAGAGAGAGGACAAGAAAGCAUUGAAUCUGUAAUUACUUGAAAGGGCUCUAAACACAUUCUCUUGGUAACUAGUUUAUCAUCUCUUCCACUCCAUUUCUUUUGUUUGAAAUCUUAAAAUCAUUGCCUGAUUUAACCUUCUGGUGCCUUUUAAAGCAAGCAUACCUGAAGGAGUUGUUUCUCUUAUUUACAUGUUAUGAUUUUUCAAGUUACAGCACAUGUAUAGAUUUUCUGAUUUAGCAUUGCUGAAACACAGUUAACCUAUUGUUCAGUAAGAGGCUUAG